AUAAAAUUAAUUGUAGGAAAAUCAAUUAAUGUUUUAUUUUAUUUCUGUAAUCUUUUAACUUAAAAUUAUUUCGUAUUGCUGUUAUUUGAAAAUAGACUUCUAACCUAAUGCAAGUUAGACAUUUAAUUGAGUUCCUUAGUAGAUCUGUGUAGAUUGUAGAAAUGGAGCAUUAUGGGAUGUGGUUGAUUUGUAUGUAGUCCGUGGUGAGCGAAGUGUCAUCUAUUGUAUUCCGAUUAAAUGUAGUUUUGUUGUGAAAAUAACAUGGAAGAAACUAAAGUGAUAUACCAUAUAGAUGACGAGGAAACCCCAUAUCUAGUAAAAUUGUCUAUUGCACCGGAAAGAGUCACUUUAGCAGACUUUAAAAAUGUUCUUAACAGGCCCAACUACAAGUACUUCUUCAAGUCAAUGGACGUUGAUUUUGGGGUGGUGAAAGAAGAGAUAAUAGACGAUGAUGCACAUCUUCCAUGUUUUAAUGGCAGAGUUGUCUCAUGGUUAGUCUCGGCGGAGGGCAGCAAUGUUUCAGAUGGCACAUCUCAAUGUACAGAAAGCGCAGGGGGUCACUCUGAUGGUAAACCUCAACCAGAACGAGCUGCUGAACCUCCUCCGAUCUUGAACUCAACUCACACUGUACGCACAAACACUGAUGAUCUGACUUGCACUGAGACUGAAUCUAUUAUUAGCUCUAGGCCUGGAGGUCACCACAAUAUACACAAAGAACCCCGGCCUCAUGUCGACAAAUAUGAAAAAUAUCACAAAUACAAUGGUGUAAGAAUCAAUGGGCACUCAAAGCUGAGAGGUAUUCCUGGGCAUGGCUACGAGUCCUCGUCGAUGCUCAGCUCUGACUUGGAGACCACUAGCUUCCUGGAGUCUGAGGAUGAUGCCUCAAGCCACAUCACCACUACCACCGGACGGGCCACCAACUUGUCAAUUGACAGGAUAGAUUCAAGCAGUAUGGUAUCAAGAACCCACGGCAACUCACGACGACGGCCCCAGAGACGCAGACGACACCGUCAACAACUAGCCAUGUCUCGCACCUCCUCUUUUUCCUCCAUCACCGACUCUACCAUGAGCCUCAACAUCAUCACUGUUACCCUCAACAUGGACACUGUCAACUUUUUGGGUAUCAGUAUCGUCGGUCAGAGCAACAAAGGUGGGGAUGGCGGCAUCUACGUCGGGUCAAUUAUGAAGGGAGGAGCUGUUGCCCUGGACGGGAGGAUAGAACCCGGAGACAUGAUUCUGCAAGUGAAUGAGAUCAACUUUGAGAACAUGUCCAACGAUGAGGCUGUCAGAGUGUUGCGAGAAGUUGUACAGAAACCUGGCCCUAUAAAGUUAGUGGUGGCCAAAUGCUGGGAUCCCAACCCUAAAGGCUACUUCACAAUACCAAGGACAGAACCUGUGCGGCCCAUAGAUCCUGGAGCUUGGGUGGCACACACUGCUGCUAUUAGAGGGGAAACGUUUCCACUGCGCCCACCAUCUGUCACGACCUUGACCUCCACCAGCUCUUCCAUUACUUCUAGUCUCCCUGAUACUGAGAUAGAGCCAUUCGAGGAGUUGCACCUUACUGUGAACACUGAAAUGGCUACCAUAGUGCGAGCCAUGGCACGUCCGGACUCUGGCCUCGAGAUACGAGACAGGAUGUGGCUCAAGAUCACCAUACCAAAUGCUUUUAUAGGCGCUGACGUGGUGGAUUGGUUGGACACACAUGUGGACGGGUUUGUAGAUCGCAGGGAUGCACGCAAGUACGCCUCUCAGAUGUUGAAGGCUGGCUACAUUCGGCACACGGUCAACAAGAUAAACUUCUCGGAGCAGUGUUACUACAUCUUUGGCGAACUACUCAGCUCAGCAAUGUCUACACUGAAGUUGGACGACUGCGUGUCUCUGGAUCGAGACACGGUGGGGCCGCUGCCCCAUCCGGGGGCGAGCUGGCCUGCCCACAUGCCCUACUCUGGCACAUACCUGCCUCACACACAUGCCCCCAUGCCCUUCAACUAUGCUAACGACACACCCCUGUAUGGCUUCAACCGCGAUGACAGCGUACACAGCGGCUCAGCAAGCAGCAAUGGAUCAGAGCACUCGAGGGUGUGCACAGUUCCGGUUACAGCCCCCACCAAGAGUGGAGGUAGCUCGGCCAGUGAGAGCGGGGUCGACAUUCCCCACAAGAACAACAACCCUAAUAGUAGGAGUGGAGGCUCACGAUCCAGCGGUUCCUCUGUGGCCACGGCAACAACCUCCCCUCAGCCUCCCCACCCACACCCACACCACCCCGCCGACAACGACCUCUCUGCCAGCCGCCAGUCCUUCCGCAUGGCCAUGGGAAACCCUUCAUUGUCAAACAGCUGACUGGGAAAGGAAUGAGUUUGUACGUAUGUAUACGACCACCGCUCGUACAGUCGACAUUGAUAUACGGUACAUGUCGCGCUAUGUAUUCUAGAUGCAUAUAAUCUCAUCUAUGUACAGAGUCAGCCUUCUUGUAUUGAAGGUCCAGUAUUUGCUCAUGUCGAUGAACAUAAUCAAACCAAAAAAAGUAUUAUUUUAUACUAAUGAAGUGUAUUAUAGAUGGUAGAUACUUUGUAAAAUGGACUUGGUGCAUUUGUAUAAAUGAGUGUUAAUUUAAUUGGAUCAGAGGUUUCUAUAUUUCAAUACCUCCUAAAUAAUGUUUUUUAUUUUGAGAUAAAAAUGGUUUGUUUUUACAAAGUUAAAUUUUGGAGUAAGUUAGUUACCGUAUUCUCAUAAAAUCUUUUCCAUAAUGUUUAUUGACAAUUUAAACUGUAAUACUUUUUUGGGAUCUGAAACUUGUACAACCUAUUGCUAUGAAAAACUCAUAAUUUGGUAAAUACCAAAACUUUAGUAUCCUAGUGACAUUCUCCAAAUAGCUUCAGACUUCCUAGAUCGUUUGUAUAGUUUUUCACUUCAUUUCACUUUUACGUUUCACUUCUCAUCAACUAUUCUUGAAAAAUCCAUGCUCUUACGGUCAUGCAUGUGAAUGUUAAGGUUUCAACAUUACACUUAUGAAUAUAUUGGUAUGUCUUGGCUGUGAUCCUUUGUACUGGUAUAACCAACUAGAAACACAUUGGAUAUGUAAAUGUGCCAAUUUUUGUGUCAUCAAAGUAACUUUUCUAGUUUUUCAGUGGGAUGAUAAUAUCCACUUUCUUUCUUCAAUGUAUGCAUCAAUUUCUCUCUUGCGUAUAUGAGUUGUAUGUAUUUACAAAAUUAUAAAACCAAUUCUCACAACUGUUUAGGUAAUUUUUUUGGAUUCGCCAUUAAAAAGUAAAAAAAAAAAAUUACUAAUAUUAUAUUUACCUGCUUUGAUUUAACGUUUAAUAAUGAAACAUGUAGAUGUCAUUGUUUUGAUCUUAACUGAGAAUGGAGGUAAUUUGAAAUUUUUUCACUGUUUGGAUGGAAUGAUUUUUCAUUUAAUAAUAAAAUUGGGAAAAUAUUGUAAUUUCUGGAAGACUAUACUUAGCAAAAUACAAAUUUAACUAAAUUGAUCUAAAACUGGUGAAAGAAUUGUUAACAACAAACAUGGAAAUAUUCUUUGAACAAUAUAAUCAAAUUCACACACAGAUCUAACAUGAUGUUCCAUGGUGGUUAGAUGGAAAAUAUACUUUAAAAUAUAACAAGAAAAUACAUUUAAUUUAGGAGUAUGUAAACCAAGAUGCUAUAUAAAAACAUCAUUUAAUGACUUUUUGUAGUUAAUAAUUUUUAACUGUUCUUCAAUUUAAAUCUCCAAAGUGCUUGGUAAUUUUUUCAAUAUUUGUACUUUGUUGUGUUAAACUAAACUAAACAUGGGUAAAGUUAUGUUAACUUGAGGAUGUUUUACUGGUUUGUAUACAAUUAUAUUGAAUACAAGUGAUCUGUAAUCUGUAUUAAAUAUAACUAAUAUAAAACGAGGUUGACAUUUUUCUAAGUGAUUUCCAAAAGUAAUAUUUUGUUAUUAUCCAUAAAAAUAAACAUUAUUUGUCACAAUUUUGUGAAUGAGGAUAAGCCAGUAGUAUUGUAUCACUUGUGAGUGAGAUUAACAAAUAAUAUUACUUGGUAAAUAUUCAGAAAAAUAUGUCAACUGUUGACUGAUCAAAACAAUAAAUGUUUAUUAUGCAAAAUAAUUAACUUUACCUUAUGUCAAAAAUGUAUUUUAGUUUUACUUGUUAUUACCACUUCCUAAGGUAUCAUUAGUGAAUAAUUAAUUUUAUCAUUUAUUAUAUUUGACUUAAUGUGAAUGUGAAUAAAAUGAUGUUUUAUGUCAUCAUUGCUGUUAUAUUGUAACUUGUCUUGAUAAUGAUACAGGGUUUGUUGUAAUUUAUAAAUUGCCUAAUAUGAUGUAGUUGAUCAUAAAAGAUAUUUUGAUAUCGCUUGAUUUGUAACUUUUAUAUACUUUUUAUUUUUGUAGAUAAAUCUUUUAUAUUGCAUGAUGUUUGCACAUUGGGCAUAACAUUAAUUUUGAAAUGUUCCUUGAUAUGUCUUAGGUUAGUUUAUGGAUAUAUUUCCUUUUUACUUACAUUUCAAAAACAGCUUUAAGUUCACCUCGGUUGAUCAAAUAUAUUAGACUAUAAAAUGUCUGUAUGGAACAUAAGAAAUGUUACUUCUAGGCUGUUUUAUUAGGUCUCUUAAUUUUCUAUUAAUCUUUCAUUUGGUAUAUAUAAUAAAUUGAAUUGCAGCUAUAUUGUAUUUAAACGUUUACUUUAAAAAUAAUGAAGGGUCAUUCUACAACUCACUUGAUAUUUAAUACUAUUUUUUGGGUAUUUAAAAAGAGCAUAAAAAUGAUAAAUCACCUAAUUGCCAUGUGUAAAAAAUUGUGAUAUUUUUGAAUGUGAAAUAUUAAAAGCAGAUCACAGAGUUGUACGAUAAUGCAAUGAAGGACAUUUCAGUUUAAGAGUUGUAUUAUGUAAUUUAUUAUAAUAAUAAUGUUCAUGAUUAAUUGAUCAAUUUCUGUAACUGGCAAAAUCAAACUGUAGAAGAUAUAGUCAUGUUCUUCUCACUAAGAAUUGUAAAACAUGAAAAAAAAAAAUAUAUAUAUAGGAACUCAGAAAAACAGACAUGAUUAAGCAAAUUCCCAAACCUAGUGGCCAAUAAAUCCAUAUUGGGAUUCCUUACAUUUGCCAUUGUUAUAUUACAAAAUAAAACAUUAUGUUUAAAAUAUUGAAAUCUACCCUCUUUGUAGGGUUUCAAAAAACCAUAAGACGUAUAGUUAAACAUACAUAAAAACUUAAAACUAAAAAGUGUGAUAGUAAAGUAGCCAUACUGCAACAUUAGUUAUGUACUGACUUUAGGGCAGUUGGAGUAGAACUAAUGUGCAUCUGCUGCAGUCAAUGCAUUAAACUGAAUUUUACAACAGAAUAUGUUAUACGUCUAAAAUCAAACAUAUACAUUACUGGUACAACAACAGACUAAUGAACCUAAGGGUUGUGGAAUAAUAGGAUUUCGGACUGGGUUCAUUCUCACCAGUCCGGCCUUGCUGUUGUACCAAUCAUGUGUAUGCUUGAUUUUUUGACAACAAUAUAUUUUGUUGUCAAAUUUAGUGUAGUGUGUGGCAAGUUCAUCACCACACUCUUUAUAGUGUUAAUUUUUUGUGUGCCUUUAACCUUAUGUUUUAAAGAGUUUUUUUAUUGUUGCGGAAGAGUGUAGAUUUCAAUCCUAAAAAUAUAAUAUCCUAAUUUCGUAACAAUUAUUCUCUCAAAUCAUCAUUGUUAAUAACAAACUCCCUUUGUAUGCUAUAAGUAAACUACGUGGAGCAUUUUAAACUUCUUUGACCAAUAAUAGUUAUGUAGCACUCAUGGUAUAGUAUGGAAAUCAAAGAAAUCCAUACUCACUCCAACUUUUGUGGAUUAUGGAGCAAGAAGAACAACUAUUCUAAAUUUAAUUUAAUUUUUAUACUUUUACAAAAUUUCUUUUUUAGUAAAAAAAAUCUCAAAACCGUUUUUAGCCAUUCAACUGAAUAGUAAAUGUUUAUGAUAACUGUUAGAAAGAGACUGUUGUGGGCAAAUUUUCAUGCCAUGUGCUUGACAGAAGAAGUGAGUCAUCUGCUAAGCUUAUCAGUUCAUAACAUAAAUUUUGGUCACAAUCAGAAAUUUUUGUUUUCAUUUAUUUAACAUAAUAUGAUUAUAUUUUGAGAUCUGAAUCUAGUUUUGUUUUUUAGUUCACAUUAGAAAGUUGAAAUUCAGCAUAACUCUGUGAUGAUUAAAAAAAGUUCAAGUGUUAAAUAUAUUUUACUUCAUUUUCAUUGUCAAUUUGUCUACAUUUGAAAAUACAUUUUCUUACCAUAAUUCUUCUAUGAUUUUGUUCAGGUGUCAGUACAUGCAUCGUAAUUUUUAUUUUGUUUGCUAAAUGGUUAUUUAUUGCUUGUUUGAAUAUUUUUGUUAUUUAGAUGGAGGUAUUGUUCUUUAAAAAUAAAUCAAAGUGAUUGGUUAAAAUUAAUGGUUGAAACAAAUUUAUUCUAGAUAGAGAUCAUUAAAUUUAUACAUAAAAGUACCAAACAACUAAACUUCUGGUUAAUUAUUUUGAUGAGCAAAAAUAAAUACUAUGCCUUAUUUGUGUACGAUUUCAUAUUGUCAUUGUAUAUUAAGACUUUAUUUUGUGCCACAAUAUUUUAGUUUGAGGUAGUGUGGUGGGUUUCCUUAUAAGUAGCACAAUGUGAUGCCUAUUUCUGUACGAAUCAAGGAUUUAUUAAUCUCUUUAAUGUUGCUUUGUUAAUAUAUUAUAUUUAAUUCUACUGGUAUUGUUUUAGAUAAAUUAUUUUACAGUAUUCACAGACUUCUAAUUCUAUUUGUGUUAUAAAAUCUACACCUAUGUUUUAUUUAUGUUUUACUUGUCUACUCUACUAUUAUUUUAUAUGUUGUGUUAUUGAUAUUUGUUAUUAUUUGAUCAAUCGUUUAAUUAUGUAAAGUACAACAAUGUAAAUAAAUUUAACAUUUUUGAAAA